GCACCUCGCCAAAAUGGCGGAGGCAUCAGAACCGGGUUCCAUUGAUUUGGCCUCAUUGUUGAGGGCAAAUAAAGUGGAGGCGCUUCAUACUACUGCCCUCUGUGGUCUUGUUAGAUUUCUUGUAUGGACUAGACUUUCUGAAGAAGGUUCCUCCUGGAUUAUUAAGUGAGUCUUCUUUUUUCCAAUAUUCUUGCCAUACUUCUUAUGUAAUUAUCUGUUGUUGGGAUGUCCCAUUUUAAAAUUAAUCCGACCCCUCUCUAUAGAUGAGCAGAUUCCUACCCAUCGAGUACGGGCAAAUAGCCUAUUCCUUCAAGUCAAUCGUGGAAAAAUAACCGAUUCCUAUCAGUCGAGCGUGGGAAAACAAGUCCGAAUACCUCGCAACUUUUACUUCUGAACGCUUAAAGAACGACACGGUAUGGAUGGCUGAACACAUUCAGUUCAAAAGUUUGUGGAUUGUUCCAGAUUCUUAGCGGAUGUGACGCUCAAAUUUUGCACGCACUAAAUAUAUUUCUGGGACACAACAUUUAUUAGGUUAAAUGUGAGAUUUUGAUCGUUUACAUGGCAACAUGGUUGAUUAAAAACAAUGAUAAUAUUUUGAAUUUAUGAGGUUUGCACAAAAUGAAGGCAAAAUAUUUACUUAAGAAAUUGCAAACAGCUUACAAAUAUUAUUGAUAACCCUCAUUUUUAAAAAAUCAACUUACUGGCUCAGUUGAUUCCAAGCAUGCCCCCCGCCCCCUCCUGGGAAUUAGGGCGGGCGGGUAUGGUAUGCUUGGAAUUGACUGAGCCAUAACCAAAUUAUAACAAACAGUUUUUGAAAUUUAAAGAAAAUUGCUUUCAUGAGAACCUUAAUAAUAUUAUUGAAACUUGAAUCUUGUGGACUGGGUAGGUCUAUGCCAUAUGUGGGUUAGUUUGUUGUUCCCUCACUCUGGGAGGUUUUUUCAAUUUUACAGCUACACCCUCAGAUGUAGAAGGCCAAUCCUGUAAGGUUUUUCUGAGUUUUUCCUAGAUGAUCAAACAUCAGCACCUGAUGUUUGAAAUAAAGGUGUUCAUUUAUCCCUUGUGCACAUUUUGAGACAAGUUUAGUGAUGAUCAAUUACUAUGGUUACAAAAUAUGUCUGAAGUCAGUUAGCUGGUGGUCAAGCCAUUUUUGAGUGAAAAUACAUGUUUUUUCAACUUGUUUCAACAAUAACAUGUUUUUUCAACUUGUUUCGACAAUAAAAGUAAAGCUUGUGGCUAAAAUGAGGUAUUAGUGCUUAUUUAAGUUUUAUUUUACCUGUCAAAAUUACCAGUUUUCUCAGUUUUUAACUGAUUUCUAAUUCUGGGUAAAAAUAUCCAAGAUGGCAGACAAGAUAGUGGCCAUGUUUGCAUACCUGGCAACUCUCGUGAUCUUGCCGGGAGUCUCCAAAUUUUUCAUCAAAUCUCCCGGUCUCCCGGUUAGAGCACAAAAUCUCCCAGCCAAUACCUACCGUGGCCUUUUUCAAAAAUGUUUCAUUAAUUUCAUUAUUUCCGAAAUAUCAAAGAGGAGAAUAAAAAAAGAACUGGAUUUAGUGCUCUUGUUUGAGCAGUUCUCGAUCGGAAAAAAUAAAACAGAGCAAUCAAAUUGUAUUUGGUUAGAAAUCAACCAAUCAAAUUGCACAAUACAUGUUAGAAAAUUGGCGUGGUUUUCACAUGCUGUUAUCAAUGUCAGGAACAUUCGGAAGGCCUUGGGGUGAUUUUCAGAGAGUAUUCCGACAUUGUCAAGAAUGAUAUUCUUACAUUAUGCAAAGAUUUCAAGACAUCUCCAGGUUUUUGAACUCCGGGGGUUGGCAGGUACGUGUUUGGUGAUGUCACAGGCUUCCAGCAGUGCCACCACCCAUAAUUAAAAUAUACCUGAUGUUGCUGAGAAGAUAAAACGCUUUCCAGUGCAGGUAAAAUCUUUUCGAAAUACUGCGACAUAUCAAAAACUCAAGGGAAGGGUUCCUUGGACAACAGUGGGGGAUGACGUGGCAUUUAAUACGUCAGAGGUUUAACAUGUAAAACAAGAUGUUUAAAUACCUUAAACCUUUACACAGGAAAAAAACAUUGUAAUGUGCUUUUGUUUUGCUUUGACUUUUAGUGCAUCUGAUGGAGUUGAUGUGUGGCACUUAGAACUGGACAGAGUACAACUCGAUUCCCAUGUAAGAUAACUCUGAAUAAUAAAACUGGUUUUGUACAUACAGUCAAACUUUUAUAUGGCCCUGUCCCAUAAUAAAGUGACCAGCUAUUUUAAAACACUAAAUUUUUAAGGCAAAGCCUUUUGGUUGGAAUCACUUGUAUGAUGACUACCUUUCUUAAGCAACCACAAGCAGUUUUUGUGGUGACUUUGAAAUUGCCUUAAAAGCUAGAAAAACUUAGUAACAUAACCCUAAAACGAAUAAGACCACUUAUUUUGGUUGUGGGCACUUUUUUGAGUUUGAGUGGAAGGGGGAGGGGGUGGGCACUUAUUAAUUUUUUCUACUUUUAGGAAGGGCGCUAAUUUGAGAUUGGGUGCUCAUUUGAAUAAAUACAGUGUGUGUUUUUAUCAAAUACAUAUCUUGCAGAGAGAACUGGCUGCAGUUGAUGAGUAUGACACUUACUUUACAAGAUUCAGGUGAGCAUGACAGAGAACCAUACAACCUACACAUUCUGUCCAAAAGCAUCAAAGUUUUGCUUUUUUGAAUUUUCCUUAUUCUGUUCCCAAGUGCUUCUAAAUAUGCUAUUCAUCACUUAAAGGGUUUGGUUCAAAUUCCAUUGUCUGCAUAUAUUAACACAUAAUUUUCAGAAAGUGAAAAAGAAAAAAAUUAUAUGACAUGUAUUCCUUUAUUGUUCCAAGAACAGAAUUUAUUAUAUAAACACCAAUGAAAUACCAGGUGGGCUUUUGCACAAAAACUUGAUAUCUUCACAUGUGAAAAGACCAUGUUAUCUUUACAUGUGAAAAUAUCACCUUUACUAUGGCUACAUAAUAAAUUGCGCCUCUCACACCAAAAAACUGUUAAAGUGAAAUGGUUUGGUAUUUAAUUGGUGUUUAUAUAAUAAAUAGAACAUUACAUGACUCCUUGGAGAUACGAAAUUUCUCUUCUUGUGUUGAAAAAAUAUUUCACGAGUGAACGCAGCGAACGAGUGAAAUAUUUUUCAAUACAAGAAGAGAAAUUUCGUAUCUCCAAGCGACCAUACAUAUAUAUCCUUUCCUCUUUGAAGACUAUCAAUGGUAUUUUUCUUUAAUUAGCCUUUAUGAUGAUUGGUUGAUAGCAAAUAAAAAAUGUUUAUGGCUUGUUUGUCCCAAAUUUCCAAGUGGAAGGACUUCCAUAAUUUGGGGAUUAUGGGUAUUGGAAGUCACUCCAAAGCUGCAGCAGUAAACAUUAUGAUCAAUUUUUACUAUCUAGGUUUUGUAAUUUCUCUGUUUUGUUGGUGGACAUCUUGAAACAAGGGAAACAGUAGUCUGCACAUACAUUUGGUGGCAGCGGCAAAUCGCUGUAGGCUAAAAUAAUGUAAUCAAAUGCGUCAGCGCUAAGCAUUUUCUUUGUAUUGAGCUGGCUAUAUCUAUUGAUAUCUAUCAACUUAGAAACAAACCCAAUUAACAACUCCAAAAUUUUUUGGAGUCUGACUUUUCAAGAAAACGUCAUCAGUUGCCAACACAUGAGAGCAUGAGAUAGGUCAUGAAAUCGUGACACUCAUGACUUGGCAAGUCUGAAACGAGGGCUAGGAGACGAGGUCAGACAAGGGAAACUGAGAAUCAACCCAGGUUAAAAAAUUUUGACUUAAAUGUAAUUUUGACCCCUACUAUAUAUGACCUUCUUACACAUUUACAUGCAACAAAUUAUCAUAGUUGAGGGAAGAUGAGGAUAUACGGCAGACCACACCACUGAAUUUAAUACUCAACAGGUCAGAAUUUGAAAGUGGCAGCAUAUCUGUAGCACAGAUAGCAAGUAAAAUUGCUAUAACAGUUGGUACAGGAAUUCCAUCUCUGUGUUAUGACCUCUAUGAAGCUAAAGCAAGUGAAGGAAGAAAAGAACUGCUGACAAUUCUUUUCAGACUGGCAGACAGAGUAUCACAACUUACUGAACAGUUAAAAGGUAUUAAUUUUUUAAUAACAAUGUGAUGGAAAUGUUGUAGGUAUAGUAAAAAUUAAUGUAUAAUAAUAACAUUAAAAGGCAAGAAACCGUAGGAAAUUCUGAAUCAAAGCAGGUUGAAUACUCACCAGGUGUUUUUAAAACAAGAAAUGAACUCAAAAUUCAGGCAAUCAGUUCAAUUUUUCUUCUACAUAGGAACAUUAAUGACCAUUUUCCUUUUAAUGUGAAUUAACUACACAUAACAACCUACAGUGGCCUCAAGAAGUUUGCACAAGGCAGCAUUGGUAGUGGGGCUCCUCAUGAGAGUUUUUAAAAAAUGUAUUAUUAUUAUCCUAUUAUCCUAUUAUCCUGGUUUUAUUCUUCUACAGCAUCAGCAGCUUCACUGGAGAGACCUAAAAAUCAGAAACUGGUGGCAGACCAAGUAUCACAACUCACUAAACAGUUGAAAGGUACUUAUAACAAUAUGGUGGAAAUGUUGUGGUACUAAAAAUUAAUGAAUAAUAUUAAGGCUAGAAGACAUAGGAAAUUCUGAAUUAAAGCAGGUUGAAUACUCAGGUGUUAACUUAGAGGCAGUUUUUACCUACAACAUAUAACUCCAUGUUCUUGAACUUAACAUUAUUUCACACAAUAGUCAUGCAUUAUGUAAAUUAAUGUCAGUGCAUUUUAUUACAGUCAACUUGACUCUCUUAACCAACACGAAGACAGACACCUCUGUAAAAGGGACAGCCAGAGUUUUGAGGUCUCAUUUGGACUGAUGCCCCUUUAUAUCAUUGUGAAAUGACGAUUUGUCUGUUUUUCUGUCAACUGUUCAAUAGAUAUUCCACCAAAGAAGACCAGCCAGGCUUCCCUGGUAAAAAGAAAACUAGAGUACAGUGUUAUCAAUCCAGGCAGCAAAGAGUAAGAUUUUACCUUCUUUUUGAGCUCUCCUAGGGGUUCAAUCCCAUGGACUCCUGGGGGAUUUGUUCAACUUUAUGAAAUACCUGGGCAGAAAAACUAUGACAAAAAUCUACCCUCUAGAGCAACAGUAGGGCACCUGUGUGGCAAACCUCGUCACCUUUGUAAGCAGGCACUUGUAAGUUAUGUGAGUCCUAAAAAACCUUUACUUUAAUAUACCUGUGUAGUACACCUUCAAAUAGUGCGUGAAAAACUAGUCGAAUAGCGAUAAAUAAUCGAUUAAUAAGAGCAUUACGCUACCAAUAAAUAUGCCAGAUGCCGUCUAAAGUUUGACGCAGAAAGAGGAAAAAAUUAUAAGAUAUUUUAAAACAAUAUACGUUUCUAACAUUUUUCAAUCCAAUAUAAUCACACACUAAGUUAAAGACAAGAGUAUUAAAAGAAUACAAAAAACUAUACAGUUCUCACUGCUGUUUCUGUAUUGUUCAGUUUGACUUAAAUACUGUAGGACGGAAUAAUCUUCAGUUGUUUUGGCAAAGGCACACAAACUGAUAUACCGGUACAUGUAAAAAGAAAAUGAGUGUAUCCUUGAUAGGCCAAUCUACACAGAAUUAAAGUUCUCGGAAUCGUGUUGUCAUUCUUCAUUUUUCAUUUUUUUGGGCGGCAAUUAUUUAUUUCCAAUGCUUGCGUACUGGAAGGUGUAUUGAAUACGGGAUCAGACGUAUCGAUCUGUUGCGUCUCCUUGCCUCGCGAUUCGUUCAGUAGAAAGAUGUCACUCCAGCUCAUUUUCUCUUUAUGUGCAUCUAGGCUUGAUGACAAAGACACAGCCUCUGAAGGAUCAAGAAAAAGAGACAAACGACCAGAAAUGUGAGAAACAAAUUUUAUAGCCUGCGUAUAUGUAGCUAGCGGUUUUUAUCAGUUUUUUUUCAGUCUCCAGCUCAUUUUCUCUUUAUGUGCAUCUAGGCUUGAUGACAAAGACACAGCCUCUGAAGGAUCAAGAAAAAGUGACAAACGACCAGAAAUGUAAGGAACAAAUUUCAUAGCCUGCGUAUAUGUAGCUAGCGGUAUUUAUCAGUUUUUUUUUUUCAGUCUCCAACUCAUUUUCUCUCGUUGUGCAUCUAGGCUUGAUGACAAAGACACAGCCUCUGAAGGAUCAAGAAAAAGUGACAAACGACCAGAAAUGUAAGGAAAAAAUUUCAUAGCCUGCGUAUAUGUAGUUAGCGGUAUUUAUCAGUUUUUUUUUUUUCAGUCUCCAACUCAUUUUCUCUCGUUGUGCAUCUAGGCUUGAUGACAAAGACACAGCCUCUGAAGGAUCAAGAAAAAGUGACAAACGACCAGAAAUGUAAGGAACAAAUUUCAUAGCCUGCGUAUAUGUAGCUAGCGGUAUUUAUCAGUUUUUUUUUUUCAGUCUCCAACUCAUUUUCUCUCGUUGUGCAUCUAGGCUUGAUGACAAAGACACAGCCUCUGAAGGAUCAAGAAAAAGUGACAAACGACCAGAAAUGUAAGGAACAAAUUUCAUAGCCUGCGUAUAUGUAGCUAGCGGUAUUUAUCAGUUUUUUUUUUUCAGUCUCCAACUCAUUUUCUCUCGUUGUGCAUCUAGGCUUGAUGACAAAGACACAGCCUCUGAAGGAUCAAGAAAAAGUGACAAACGACCAGAAAUGUAAGGAACAAAUUUCAUAGCCUGCGUAUAUGUAGCUAGCGGUUUUUAUCAGUUUUUUUUUCAGUCUCCAGCUCAUUUUCUCUCGUUGUGCAUCUAGGCUUGAUGACAAAGACACAGCCUCUGAAGGAUCAAGAAAAAGUGACAAACGACCAGAAAUGUAAGGAACAAAUUUCAUAGCCUGCGUAUAUGUAGCUAGCGGUAUUUAUCAGUUUUUUUUUUUCAGUCUCCAACUCAUUUUCUCUCGUUGUGCAUCUAGGCUUGAUGACAAAGACACAGCCUCUGAAGGAUCAAGAAAAAGUGACAAACGACCAGAAAUGUAAGGAACAAAUUUUAUAGCCUGCGUAUAUGUAGCUGGCGGUUUUCAUCAUUUUUUUUUUCAGUCUCCAUCUCAUUUUCUCUCGUUGUGCAUCUAGGCUUGAUGACAAAGACACAGCCUCUGAAGGAUCAAGAAAAAGUGACAAACGACCAGAAAUGUAAGGAACAAAUUUCAUAGCCUGCGUAUAUCUAGCUAGCGGUUUUUAUCAGUUUUUUUUUCAGUCUCCAACUCAUUUUCUCUCGUUGUGCAUCUAGGCUUGAUGACAAAGACACAGCCUCUGAAGGAUCAAGAAAAAGUGACAAACGACCAGAAAUGUAAGGAACAAAUUUCAUAGCCUGCGUAUAUGUAGCUAGCGGUUUUUAUCAGUUUUUUUUUUCUUUUUUCAGUCUCCAACUCAUUUUCUCUCGUUGUGCAUCUAGGCUUGAUGACAAAGACACAGCCUCUGAAGGAUCAAGAAAAAGUGACAAACGACCAGAAAUGUAAGGAACAAAUUUCAUAGCCUGCGUAUAUGUAGUUAGCGGUUUUUAUCAGUUUUUUUUUUUUCAGUCUCCAACUCAUUUUCUCUCGUUGUGCAUCUAGGCUUGAUGACAAAGACACAGCCUCUGAAGGAUCAAGAAAAAGAGACAAACGACCAGAAAUGUAAGGAACAAAUUUCAUAGCCUGCGUAUAUGUAGCUAGCGGUUUUUAUCAGUUUUUUUUUUUUCAGUCUCCAGCUCAUUUUCUCUCGUUGUGCAUCUAGGCUUGAUGACAAAGACACAGCCUCUGAAGGAUCAAGAAAAAGUGACAAACGACCAGAAAUGUAAGGAACAAAUUUCAUAGCCUGCGUAUAUGUAGCUAGCGGUAUUUAUCAGUUUUUUUUUUUCAGUCUCCAACUCAUUUUCUCUCGUUGUGCAUCUAGGCUUGAUGACAAAGACACAGCCUCUGAAGGAUCAAGAAAAAGUGACAAACGACCAGAAAUGUAAGGAACAAAUUUCAUAGCCUGCGUAUAUGUAGCUAGCGGUAUUUAUCAGUUUUUUUUUUUCAGUCUCCAACUCAUUUUCUCUCCUUGUGCAUCUAGGCUUGAUGACAAAGACACAGCCUCUGAAGGAUCAAGAAAAAGUGACAAACGACCAGAAAUGUAAGGAACAAAUUUCAUAGCCUGCGUAUAUGUAGCUAGCGGUAUUUAUCAGUUUUUUUUUUUCAGUCUCCAGCUCAUUUUCUCUUUAUGUGCAUCUAGGCUUGAUGACAAAGACACAGCCUCUGAAGGAUCAAGAAAAAGAGACAAACGACCAGAAAUGUAAGGAACAAAUUUAUAGCUUGCGUAUAUGUAGCUUGCGGUUUUUAUCAUUUUUUUUUUCAGUCUCCAGCUCGUUUUCUCUCGUUGUGCAUCUAGGCUUGAUGACAAAGACACAGCCUCUGAAGGAUCAAGAAAAAGAGACAAACGACCAGAAAUGUAAGGAACAAAUUUAUAGCUUGCGUAUAUGUAGCUUGCGGUUUUUAUCAUUUUUUUUUUUCAGUCUCCAGCUCAUUUUCUCUCGUUGUGCAUCUAGGCUUGAUGACAAAGACACAGCCUCUGAAGGAUCAAGAAAAAGUGACAAACGACCAGAAAUGUAAGGAACAAAUUUUAUAGCCUGCGUAUAUGUAGCUAGCGGUUUUUAUCAGUUUUUUUUUCAGUCUCCAACUCAUUUUCUCUCGUUGUGCAUCUAGGCUUGAUGACAAAGACACAGCCUCUGAAGGAUCAAGAAAAAGUGACAAACGACCAGAAAUGUAAGGAACAAAUUUAUAGCUUGCGUAUAUGUAGCUAGCGGUAUUUAUCAGUUUUUUUUUUUCAGUCUCCAACUCAUUUUCUCUCCUUGUGCAUCUAGGCUUGAUGACAAAGACACUGCCUCUGAAGGAUCAAGAAAAAGAGACAAACGACCAGAAAUGUAAGGAACAAAUUUAUAGCUUGCGUAUAUGUAGCUAGCGGUUUUUAUCAUUUUUUUUUUCAGUCUCCAGCUCAUUUUCUCUCGUUGUGCAUCUAGGCUUGAUGACAAAGACACAGCCUCUGAAGGAUCAAGAAAAAGUGACAAACGACCAGAAAUGUAAGGAACAAAUUUAUAGCUUGCGUAUAUGUAGCUAGCGGUUUUUAUCAUUUUUUUUUUUCAGUCUCCAGCUCAUUUUCUCUCGUUGUGCAUCUAGGCUUGAUGACAAAGACACAGCCUCUGAAGGAUCAAGAAAAAGAGCCAAACGACCAGAAAUGUAAGGAACAAAUUUUAUAGCCUGCGUUUAUGUAGCUAGCGGUUUUUUUGUGUGAUUUUCAGUUUUUGUUCGGCCGCGUGCGAGGUCAAACGAGGAAACAAUGGGGGAGGGGACAAGGGGGAGAGAGAAAAACCGCCAGCAUUCAUCCCCUUGAGACUUUUGAAACGCUGGCGUUUUUUCUCCCUUGGGACCUUAGCUACGACGACGGCAACGGCAGCGAAAAUUUCCCCGAAAAGUGGGAUUCACGCUGUUCCAAAUUUCAUCGCUCUUAUUCAAACUCUUCUAGUGUCUGUAUUGUCAUGUUUUGUACCAAGCCUGACGUUUUAUUGAUAACCUUUUUCAGUCCAAUAAAAUCACACACAGAAAGCUUAUUGGACACAUGUCUAUCUGUUGCGUCUCCUUUUCCCGCACUUUGUUCUCAAGAAAGAUGUCAACUCCUCGAGUUCUUUUUGUCUCCUUGUGCAUUUAGGCUUGAUGACGAAGACUCAGCCUUUGAACGACCAAGAAAGAAAGAGAGACGACCAGAAAGGUUAGGAACAAAUUUUAGGACAUGACUGUUGAAGGAACAGGAAAUUGUCUCCUUCCAGAGACCUUUUUUAAGAACUCUCGUUCUUAGCAGGCUCUUAAAGCAGUUCACAUUAUAGGGGAGCUGUCGCGCACGCUUCGCGCGCGCCAGCGGAGCACCGUUGGUAAGUAAAUCUACCCAUCCCAGAAAAUUUGGUAAUCACAUGACCGUACACCGACCGACCGCCGUCGGUCCGCACCACAGGCAUACCAAUGUAAAAUAACUCAAUCAACGGGUAUGGCAACCCAAAUGCAACUCGAGGUUAUUUUUGCGGAAAUCGCAUAGCCACCCGCGUCUUGUAAAGCAGAGACAACCAAAGAGUCAAGAAAGACGAAAACGGAAAGCGGAAAUUGUUUCUGUACCCGUGUUGUCUAAAGUAUUAAGCUUAGAUUAAUUGUCACGAGCAAGAGAAGGACAGAGAAAAAGAGAGAGUAGGCGGCAGGCAAGCGGUGCUCAACGAGAAAAAGAGCGGGAGAGAUCUAGGGCGAGAGAUAAAAAAAAAAAAAAAAAACAGGAGGCAUUUUUUUGUUGGAAGAACAGAAAGAAAAUUUUGAAGCGGCGGUGACAAAAUGAGAAAUGCUAGCGGCCACCAAUUCAAGGUGAAAAUGAGCGGCAGUGGAAAAAAAAGUGAACGAGAACAAGUACGACAUUUCCUCCAAAAUUUCAAAACGUGUAACUAAGACGUUUCUGGAAUUUUCACGUUGUAGUCGUGCAAAACAAGGGCAAAGAAAUGUCUAUUUUCGUUUCGCUUGGUAAAUAAAUUUCUGGCGGGAAAGGCAAAACGAAAGGUUGAUUUCCACCGUCGCGAGGCCCCGUAUUUUGAGAAAUGAAAAGUAAAAUUAAGUAGUAAUUUUGAUUUUUGUACUAGCUUGGGCUUUUCCCUCUUUUUCCAUCAUUCUUUCUUGUUUUUAUUAAUUUAUUAAUUUGUGUUUUUUAGAUGGGAAAGGAACGUGCGCAAGAACGCCAUUGUGCAUGGGUUGGAGCGGAAAGACAAAAAUGGAAACAUUAUUCAAGCACCAAGAACCACUGGACCACCGUGUAAGUGCAAAGAAAAGUGCUUUGAAAAAGUGGACGACAAACUGAAGAAGCACAUUUUGACGUCAUUUAACAACAUGCCUGAUAAAGCCAGACAAGAUCAGUACCUUAGCGGUUUGGUCCUCAGCUUUGACCCAACCUGGGUUGGCACUCAAGGAAGGGGAGGGAAAUUCUCCGAAACGAACAAAGGAAAGAAGUUGAACACUUUCAAAUACUACGUUCCUAAAGGUAACUUCUUUUAAGAAAUCCACGGUAUAGACUGUUCACAGUCCGCUAUUUUUCCGUAAGAUCGUCGACAUCGAGCGCUCUCCUGGGGAGGGGGAGGGUGGGAUGCUCAACAAAGUUCUUUAUGGGGAGGCUCCGCCCCGAGGUCCGAUGCCUUACCCUUUUAUAUACCAUUAUUGAAAGAAAAGGUACCCCUGUCCUAUUCUUGGUUUGUAACCACGUGACAAGGCGGCCAUACUGGGGGUCAAAACAAAAGAAUAUUUCCUCGAAGAAUUUACAUGAAAAUAGAGUUUCGUUCCCAGAGGAGAGACCACCAACAUGGCCACCAACAUGGCCGCCGUGACGUCACGUGUAAACCAGCAAUAGGCGAAUCCUUGUUUACAUUUUUUGUCUCAUUAGCAUAGGCUUAUCAUUAUCUGAUGAAGCUAAUAAAAUGAAAUUUCUGAGUAUUGAAAGAGCCCGAUAUACCAAAUAGUUUCGGAGAAAUUUUCUUUGAAAAACCCCAAAAUUUACAAAGAAUGUAUGAGCUCAUUAAUGUUUUGCCACCCAGUAAUUUUGCAGUUUUUGAUUGCUGCUAUUUUCUUUGUUACUGAUUGCAAAGAGCUGAAGCUUGCACAAACUGCAUAAAUUAACCAGCUCUCUCAAUUUUUGAACCUAAUUGCCGGUAAUUGGUAUAUACGGCUACAUCUUCUAUGAGUUAACUCGUAUGCUAAUAAGCAAAAAUGUAAACAAUGACGCCACGAUGAACCCGCCUAUACCUUCUAUUGACAAAAAGUACGCUUCACAUACCUAGUGUAGAUUAGCCUGCGUUGCAGGCGCUUAGAAAGAACGAGCGCGCGAGAGGGAGACACGCGUGUCUCCCUCUCGCGCGCCCAUUCUUUCUUGGGCCUGCUACGCAGGCUAAGUGUAGACCUUUGCAUACCCUUUAAGUGCUGUUAAUGUAUUAUCUUUGAACACUUUUAAAUAUUGCGUUCCUAAAGGCAGAGUCUCCCCUAUAGGCAAUUAUAGAGAGUACCCCCGGCCCCGGGAGCGGUUUUGCCAUUACCGGCGGCCAUCUUGGUUUCAAAUGUACCGAGAGGGCGGGCCCCUCGGUUUAUAGCGGUGGGGGAAGGGAAGGUCCCCGAAAUUUAAUUCUUAUCCCCAGGCUAGACAUUUAAAAACCAAGAUUGCCGCCCCUAACGGUAAGCGCUUGAUCUCGACGAUUGUAGGGGGAAAAAGGAGAGCGUGAACAAUAUGUCUUUAUUGUAAUAGAUACAUUUAGUGUUUGUUCUUUGUGUUUUCUUCACUGAGCGAAAAGAGAGAAUGUUGGUAGUCUUCUCAAAUGUACCCAAAAUAACAUUUUCGCGUAAAUCCUGUAGCAGAAGCUGUUUAACAGCACUUCCCCUUUACCUGUCCUGCGAGCGAAGGUUUCUUUCUGGCAUUGCUUGAAGCAUUUACGAAGUCGUUCGCGUCGCUUGUCAGUUACGUACGUAGUUGGUUUGUAUUUUGUGAGACGGGAAGAGACGUCUAAAAACCAAGUUGAACUACACGGAUUUAUAUUUCUGGGUUGUGUAAGGCCUAAAUUCUUCAAGUUUUAAAAUACAUUUACUCGAAUGGUGCCUUGUUUACUAGGAGGCAGCUUGGCUGAGUGGGUAGAGCGCUGGACUUGUAACUCUGAGGUGCCGAGUUCAAGUCCCGCUCUGACCACUUGCUGGAUUUGUUCACGGUAGUCCCAAGUUCAAAUCCUUGGCCAUGCUUGUAAAUAGCCAGCUGCUGGUUUGCCUCACUAGGCCAGUUGGGAUUCUUAACCCUGUUAAGUUCAAUUUGAAUUGUUUGUUUCAGACAUUUUCUCGGCCCCACUAGCAUAAGUGCUCUAAAUACCGCCGAGGGUAAAUAACGGAAUUAUUAUUUUUAUUUUUAUUAUUUAUUCAUUUUAUACGUCCCUAGACUGCGAGCACUCUCUUUCUUUUGAGUAACAGUAGAUUGAGAUCACACGCCAGGGGCGAGCGAUGUAGCCGCGAGGAACGAGGCCGGAAGCCCAAGCGAACAAGCGGACAAAUAAAGUAGUAUACUAUUCACACCGAUCUCGCCCACACUGUUAAUAAAGGACAGGGAAAUCUGGCGGCCAAACCGAGGGACUAUACCUUCCGAGACAAUGCACCCCCAAAAGGAGACACCACAUCUUAGGACCCAAAUCUCAAAACUCUGUUAAUAAAGGACAGGGAAAUCUGCCGGCCAAACCGAGGGACUAUACCUUCCGAGACAAUGCACCCCCAAAAGGAGACACCACAUCUUAGGACCCAAAUCUCAAAACUCUGUUAAUAAAGGACAGGGAAAUCUGCCGGCCAAACCGAGGGACUAUACCUUCCGAGACAAUGCACCCCCAAAAGGAGACACCACAUCUUAGGACCCAAAUCUCAAAACUCCCCAAACUUCAAAAUCGCCAAGCCUAAGCAACCGCAAACCUAAGACCCCGAGGCUAAACAGCCAGCAACAACACAACGAGGUAAAGAGCAAGAGCAAAACCUGAAAAGUAGUAACGAUAGCCUGCCAGCAAGCCCUCCUAUUUGGGCAAGCGAAGUGAGCCUCGCGAGAACGCGCGAGAGAGGGGCAGAGGAAAGGCUUCGCCGCUCGCUUGCGCGUUCUCGCGAGACUUGCUUCACUCGCCCAAAUAGGAGAGCUUGCUCGCAGGCUAUAGUAACAACGGUAUGCCUGCGUUGCGGCUAGUAAGAGGAACCAAUAGACGAGAAACAACAUAAGGCACAUCCACUCGGAAAUAAAUAAACACAACAGAAUACUGCAAACAAACAAACUAUAAAAUCAAAGAACUGCUAACAGCCAAAGCAAAACACCUUUGUUGAAUGAUGUUACUAAGCGGGCAAUCGGGAUCCACUGAACUUACCUUGAAAAGCUUCUUAUCUGUCUUUUCUAAAAGUUCUCUAAUGUCCAUCCUCUUAGAUGUGUAUUUCCUUUGAAAGCAUCUAUCCAGGAAGUUUAAUUUGUAUGACCGUGAGAACUGAAAAGGGGAGGGAAGGAGUUUUAUGGGCUCGUUUAAUAAAGCCAUGAUGGGAACGUUGCGUCUUCUCUCGAAGAUGAUAAUGAAGACAAUUUAUGCAUGGGGUAGGUGCCUUAUAAGUCGCCUGAGGGAGACUGCUGGUUAAUAGUCUUUCUCGGCACUAAUCUCGUACCCAGAUCUCUUAUCGACGAAGGCGACAAGAGAUCUGGGAACCAGAUUAUCUGCGCAGCAAUAUCUCUUAUCUUCUUUACUAUUAAUUUCUAUAAUUUUACUUUUUCGCUAGCCGCGCGUUGCUGCGAGGAAAGAAGGACGGCUGCUUGCGGUUUAUAAAUUAAUUCGUUUAUUCUUCUUGGUUGAUUAAUUUACAGAAAACAACCGAAGAAUAAAAGUUUGUAAGAGGACAUUUAUGUCUCUUCACGGCAUCGGAGAAGGUCGACUCCAAAGAGUAAGAAGCAGCUCAGCCCCACAAUCAAGACAGGGAAAACAUAACAACCGACCGAAUAGAAUAUCCCCUGAUACGAUAGAGCAGGUAAGUUGAAGUUUGCAUGUUAAAAGGUAAAGGCGAACACGAGCCAAAGGCCCAAACGACCGGAGCUCAUCCCGGUUUCCUUAGCAUGAAGCAUGCCUAGGAGUAUUGCUACUCUUCCCUGGACGGGAUGCUAGUCCAUCGCAGGGUUACCCCCCAGCAGUAUGUCGCCAGUACCCAUUUAUACACCUGGGUAAAGAGAGACAAAAUGGAGUAAAGUUCCUUGUCUCUUUCUCUCUGUAUCAUGAUUGGUUGAAAGUCUUCGCUGCGUGUUGGACGUUCCAUGUAAAAAUUCAAAAUUCUGCUUUAAAUGAUCGGAGUGUGAAAUUAUUUUGUCAGUUAGCAGAUACGUGAAAGCGAAAUACAUGAAAAUGUUUAGGACGACAUGCCCGUAACAUUUGCGGGUUUUUUUUCGGGGAUAAGAAGUGAAGGUUUCUUCGGACUAUAGAAUUAUCAGGUGCUGAAGAAAGUUGGUCAUCACAUAUCAAUAACACCUUUAUUUUAUCAGGGAAGUCCCAUCAGAGUCGUAUUAGCCAUAUGAAAAAUAAAUUAUUUACAAUACGAAAAGGCUGUAUUAACAACGUAAAAUCAUCAUAAACAAAUUUAACCUAAGUGAUAAAAAGAUAAAAAAUAUGAAAAUCAUAGAAUUAGAGAUUCACGCUUUUAGACAAGCAGGAUCACCCUUUAACUUACGAAGCUGAGCUAAGAGAACAACAACAACAACAAGUUUAUUUCAAAUUAAGCCAGUAUAGCUUACAAAGCUUGUGCCCGCAAUUAGCGAAGGCUAUUCGAGGCGGGUGCAAGAGAAAAAAGAAAAUUCUAUAAAUAUAUUAAACGAACAAUCCUAGAAGCAAUCUAGUUUGUCGUGUGGUUUAUAGGCAGAGUGAGACAGGAAGGCAGACUGUACUUCAUACGGAAGUGCACCAUGUUAUGAUUUUGAGAAUUGCACUGUAAUAUCAGAAACUCAAAUAUAGUCUUCCUCAUUUUCCAGUAUUUCAAAGAGUUGUCCCUUUAGUUCGCUUUUGAAUUGAUUUUUUUUAAGUGUUUUGAUAGGAAGUGGAGAACUGAAUCCGAAAUGUGUCUCACGAUUUUGUCUGGGAACGUUACUGGAGACGCGCCGCUCUGUGAUUGGCCAGCUUUUUUCCCUGUCCCUAGUAACAAUCCCAGAAGUCUUUGCGAAAGUUUACUCGCCCCAUUUUCCUUCGCGCUUCCAACGUGGAGAUUAGUUAAUACUUUAUUCUUAACAAAUCACUGUUCCGUUUCAGGUUAGAAACCACAUUAGAUCUUUCCCGAGAAUGACAAGUCAUUAUUCAAGGAAAGACUCGCCACAGAAGCGAUUCCUCAGCCCAGAUCUUAGCGUCAGUAAGAUGUACAAUCUUUAUCUAGAGGCUCACGAACCUGAAAUCCUUGCAAGGGAAAAAGAAAUAGUAAAAGCUAGGCGUGAAAACCUUCCCGUCCCCGCAAAACUCAAACCGGUAGUGGGCGAGCACACUUAUCGUAGGGUAUUCAAUUCAGACUUUAAUUUAGGGUUCGGUCGUCCCCGUACGGACACUUGUGCCACCUGUGAUAAACUUAAUCUCGCGCUUAAGUCUAAUCCAGGUAACACAGUUGCUCGUCAGCAGUUAGCGGACCACCAAGAUAUGGGGGACAAAGGAUAUCAGAGUAUGCGGGAUGACAAAAACGUAGCUGUGGCCAGCUGGUCAGAUAUGACACGUUCUUUAGGUUCGGCUGACUUCUGUUCAAAAGAUAGCGUGGACGUGAUUUCAUUCGAUUUCAUGCAAAAUCUACCCACACCAAAUCUCUCACACAAUGACGUGUUCUACCAACACAAGCUGUGGACGUACGUGUUCGGGAUUCACGAUCUGGUUGUGGAAAAAGGAUAUAUGUAUUUGUGGGAUGAAACCAUUGCGAAGAGAGGUUCGUCGGAGGUUGCUUCUUGUCUCGAACACUUCUUCCAUACCUACCGCACGGGUGCCAAAUCAUUAGUUUCUUAUUCGGAUGGGUGCGGCGGGCAGAAUAAAAAUUUAACAAUCGUUGGCUUGUACAAUGACCUACAUACAGCAGGCGUGUACGACGUACUUAAUCAUAAAUUCCUCACUAGAGGUCACACAUUUCUAAGGAACGACUCUGACUUUGCACAGAUAGAGAGGAGGAAGACAAGUGCGACUGUUUAUCUGCCGAGUGACUGGUACUCGGUAGUGAAAGAGGCCAACCGCAGAAGCCCAUUCGAGGUAAUCAGUAUGCAUCAAAGACAGUUUCUAACUUAUAAGGAUUUCAUCUCAAGCAAAUACACCAAUCGUCACUUUUCUUCGGGUAGCUCUUCCUUUCGUGACGUUCACUGGCUUAACUUUGGCUGGGGGGAAGAGUUGAACCCAGUAACCAACAAGGUCACGCUAGUGCACCAUCCAAACGAAGUUUGGAUGCGAAACACUUACUCCUCUGAUGAGCCCUGGAGAAAGGUGAAGAUACUUAAGGACAGGGCGGGUAAUGUUUCGUUGGAACAGUUGUACCAUUCAUCACUAGUACCUAGUGCCAAGAAAGUCCGUGAUCUUAAAGCUAUGGCUCGUUCUCACAUCCCUCUCCCUCAGCGCAACUUUUACUUGGAAAUGGACAAUCCCGAUGACGAUGAUAGUUCGGAGACCGAAGAUCUAGACAGCGACUAGCUGAACCAUUUCCAAGUAACUUCUCUUCAUCUUUCCACAGUAUUGUCUUUUUCGUUAAGGUUGCUUACUUUUUCUGCUGUCUUUGUCGGUUUCCCUCUUUUUUCCUGUUCAUUUCUACAGUUUGGAAAAGCGCAACAGUUUUGUAACGUCGGUUUAGACGGUAUCACUUGUGAUGUGCUAACGAUAAACCUACAACCUGAACUAUAACGUGUAAAUCGAAAUCAAACCUACGACAAUCCCAAGUUACUUCUAGGUUUGAAUUACUCGUGUUGUUAUAUUCCUAGACUUUCUCUUGACUAAACAGGGACUUUGGUUCUUAGUCACGAGGUCUUUACUAAAUUCAAAUGUAUCCCGAUCGUGAUACAAUUGAGCAAUUGUACCCCGCUCGGGAUACAACAGCACGUGAUCAAAGCAUGGUGGAAAAUUGUUUAAAGAAGGCGGAGAAAAACACUGCCGGUUUUAUUUUGGUGAGUGAAAACAACUGUACAAACAUACAGGAGCCUCAAGCUAAAAAGCGACAAUUUUCGACGUUAUCUAAAAAGAGAAACAUCAAUUAGUGCAGGAAAAACAUGAUGCGGAUAAAACACAAGGAAAGUACUUUGUAAAUCAUUUGUUCAGCGGUUUUGUAAAUUAAAUUUGUGUUUCUAGAAGUAUAGCCGACGUUGUUUUGAUUCGCUCUCCCCGCAAACUAGUUUUCCCCUUGCUCUUGAUCUUUUUUAUCCUUCUGUGGUUUCUUGGAAAUUCUUAUAGAUCGUUAUAAGACUUCACUAUAACAACAUCAACACGGACAUGCACAGCGGAAUAUAUAGAAAUUUCAGAAGCUUUGUUGGCCACGAUCAAGAAACACACGAGAGGAACCGUACAACAGCGGACCCAUGUGGGAACAGCACGUCAACAAAGCAAAGAAGAAAAUUAUGAACCAAUCACAGCAGCUGAAAAACAAUCAAUCACAGCGAAGCAUCGUGUUUCAUCGGUCAACGCGUGAGCUGUCGAACUUUUUUCCUGGUGAAGACUGGUAGUAUACAGUCGAAACGUUGUGAUAUACAUUAUAUUGAUAUUGUCCUAUAUUUUGGUGGUCCGCUGCCGUGAUAAUUUUUUUUUCAAUAAUCACAAUUAACAUUGUCCUCUUUUUUUAUUGCGAAAAUAGCGCUUUGCUACGAGACCAAACUGAGGCUCGAA